CCGACCACGUGACCGCGCGGGGCCCCGGCGGCGGUCGCAGCGGCAGUAGAACCCACUCGGAGUCGGGAGACCCGAGGAGUCAGGAGACCGGAGCGAGAAGGCGCGGCCCCAGCGCCGGCCCAGCGCGCUCACCAUGGAGAUGCAUUUCAUCUUCUCAGAUAAGGUGGUGCUUCUGUUUGAUUUCUGGAGUGUCCACAGUCCUGCGGGCAUGGCCUUGUCGGUGUUGGUGGUCCUGCUCCUGGCUGUGUUGUAUGAAAGCAUCAAGGUUGGCAAAGCCAGGCUGCUCCACCAGGCUCUGGUGAGCCUGUCCAUCCCCAACAGCCAGCAGCUCAUCGAAGAGACAGACCAGGAUUCUUCAGGCUCAGACUCAACACCAGUCGGCAAAACCCGCCUCAGGUGGCUUUUGUGUCACUUUGGCCAGUCUCUAAUCCACGUCGCUCAGGUGGUCAUUGGCUACUUCAUGAUGCUGGCCGUCAUGUCCUACAACACCUGGAUUUUCUUUGGCGUGGUCCUGGGCUCAGCUGUGGGCUACUACCUAGCCUACCCCCUUUUCAGCAUGAUUUAGCUGUGAGGGCUGUGCAGGCACCGGGCGCUGGAGACAGCUGGGGCCCCCUCUUCCAGAUGUUGAACUUCCAGCCCCACGUCUCCGUUUUCUUCUGAUGGCUGUUCCUCAUCCCGCUCCCAGCUUCUGGAAACUUGCAGCUGAUGCCAGCACUUGCUCCCUGGAGUUCAGAGGCCAUUGUAGCUACCUCUCUUCUCAGCCAGCCAGCCCAGGCCUAGUCUGUUGUGCCUUAAGAAGGCUGCUGCGACCAGAGGGAGAAUGGAGAGAACAGAACCUGGAGGCAGGGUUGCUGAGCCCGUGAUGACUUAUCUUUGUGACUCAAAACUUGAGAAUUUCCAAAGAUCUUCAAGACAGGGAGAUGGGUUCUGGGUGACGAAGAACAUGGAACCUGGCUGCCCUCUGCUCUCCUGAUUUGUGCCUUAGCUAGAGGAGCAUCUUCCAUUGGAUUUCCUGACCUCUUCUGUCUUUGGGGACAGAGACCAAGCUGGCUCCUUUUUCUUACCUUUCUGCCUUUGGGACACACAAAGAUGGUCUCUUCUGUGGAUCAUGUUGACACCUGAAGAUUCUUCCUUUUUGCCUACUGAACUCCUGUUUGGCAAUUUUGCACAUUAAUACAAAACAAAAUUUUUAAUGCAAUGACUUCAUUGUGUUCAUGACGGAUGGCAGCAUCUGCUGGGACGUGUUUGCCUUUCUUGGGGGAGAGUAAGUGAGAGUGGAUUAAAGGCAGAGAAGCAAGGCUGUUUCCAAGGCUCCUGACUUAUCCUCUGGAUGGAAUGAGCUCUUCCCAUCAGACUACACUGCCCGCAGUAGGAAGAGAGUCUAACGGCUUUAGGUGUCUAGGGGGCUCUUCAUGGCCUCAUGCCUGCUCUGAUCCUGAUUCCUCUUUUACGCAGAACAGACAACUGCGCUGAAUAAUAGUUAAUACUUAAUGUUCUCUAUUUAUUAACUUACCACUCACACAUAACAAUCUGGUGGGGAAAUAUGAUUAAUUCACUUAAAAUACCAAGUAAGCCGCGGGGGGUAUUGACUGAAGAUGCCAUAAGCAGUCAAACCAAAGCAUUACGUUUGUAGAAUUGGAUGGGACUCUCCAGAUACCUGAACCUCUUCACUUUAUAGCACAGGAAACAAGAGACCCAGGGAGAGAACAUCACUGCUGUGUACUGUAAUGUCUACGCUCAAGUACCUCGCGGGCUAGAGGAAAGAUGAUCUUAAGCUUUGGGAAUUAAAAGAGAAAUACAUUUUAAUAAAUAUAUUUUUAAACAAUC